AUGAAGAUUUUCUCAUUCUGCCACAGCUCCAGAGCCAGCUCCCUUCUCCCUGGUUUUAUUGUUUUCUUCUUUACUUGUUAUGUUCACAAGACGGAAUCAGCAAAGUUCACAGUGAUUGGACCCCGUGACCCUGUCACUGCCGUCCUGGGUCAGGAAGCUGUGUUACCCUGUCACCUGUCCCCCCGGAUGAGCGCUGCAAACAUGGAGGUGAGAUGGUUCCGAUCUGAGUUUGCAUCCUUUGUGCACCUGUAUCGUGGUGGGAAGGAUCAGUAUGAUGGGCAGAUGCCAGAGUAUUGGAGAAGAACAGAGCUUUUGAAAGACGGACUCACAGAUGGAAAUGUUCCCUUGAGGAUUCCCAAUAUCAGACUUUCUGAUGAAGGACAAUACCACUGCUUUGUUCAAGAAGAUACUUUUUAUGAAGAAACAGUAUUGGAACUGCGAGUAGCAGGUCUGGGCUCUGCUCCUCUCAUCUCUGUUGAGGGUCACAGGGAUGGAGGGAUCUGGGUGGUUUGUCGAUCAGCUGGUUGGUACCCAGAGCCUGAGGUGCUGUGGAAAGAUCUCAAUGGACGACAUUUACCAUCACUCUCUGAAACAAAAUUGAGAGGGGAUAACGACCUGUUUGAAACAGAAACUGCGAUCAUUAUAACAGAACAGUCAAACCAAAACUUGUCCUGUUGCUUCAGGAACACCAUUCUCAAUCAAGAAAAGGAAUCAGCGAUGUACAUAGCAGAUCCAUUUUUCCCGAGGGUGAAUUCCUGGAUGGUGGCUCUGAAUGUGAUCCUGGUGGUUUUGUUUGGUUUCAUUGGCCUCACUGUUUAUCUCUUUAAAAUGAAAGGUAAAUAUCAAAAGGAGAAAUACACUGUAUAUAAAGACAAACGAGAUAACGAAAUAAGGUGGAGAAGAUCUGUGGCACCUAUAGAAGAAGUGAAUGUGACUCUGGAUCCAGACACAGCUCAUCCCAAACUCGUCCUGUCUGAGGAUCGGAAAAGUGUGAAAUGGGGAGGCAUGUGGCAGGAUCAGUCCAACAACCCUGAGAGAUUUGACACUAUGUUCUGUGUGCUGGGCUGUGAGGGAUUCACCUCGGGGAGACAUUGCUGGGAGGUGGAGGUGGGGGAUGCGACAUUUUGGGCUGUGGGGGUGGCCAGAGAGCCUGUGAGGAGGAAAGGAUGGAUCAGCCGUAGCCCUGAGGGGGGGAUCUGGGCUGUGGAGUGGUGGUGGGGUCAGUUCCGGGCUCUCACCAACCCUGUGACCCUCCUGCCCCUGAGCCGGGUCCCCAAAAGGAUCCGGGUUUGUCUGGACUGUGAACUGGGUCAGGUGACAUUUAUCGAUUCUGGUGAUGACACCCAGAUCUUCACUUUCCCACCGGGCUCCAUCCCUGGGAAGAGAAUCCGACCCUGGCUCUGGGUCUUGGGACCCCAGCUCAGACUGUGUCCAUGAUCCUGGGAACCCUGAAAUUAGCAUCUCUAGCCUCACACACCCCAGUCUCUAUGACUCUGGAGGACUCCCAUCUAUCCAGCCUCUGGCUCCUCAUCUCUAUGACCCCUGGAAGCUCCUUCCCCUCCCUGCAUCCCCAGGGAUGGGAUGGGGAGGGUGAAGAACCCCUGGGGCUGCAGGAGGAGC